UGAAAUAUAUUAUACGUACGUAUGUAUGAAAUUCACAUUCCACCAACUUGCUCUUGUUUGCGUGUUUUCCCCUUUGAAAGCCAAGGCUUUAUAAAUUUCAAGCCAUCUUUAGAUUCGUUACCACUCAGUUAAGGCAGAAGACUUUGUCUUUCCUCCUCAAGCAUGUCCAAAGAAAAUCCAAGGAGGCAUGUUCUGGAGAAGAGCAGGAGUUCGAGAGAAAAGGAGAAGCCAAACCAUGGCUUCUUAUCCAGGCACCUGAAGAAAGUUUACCCCAUAAGCCUGCAGAAGAGCAGCUCUCCAUUGUCCCUUUCUUCUCUGUCCUUGACUUUGUCCGAGAACUCGAAUGAUUCUUCCCUCACCGAUUCUACCAUCACUCUGGAUCAGAAAAUCUCCUUGGCACUGCGGCGAAUUGCACCUCCUGAGAGACGAGAUGUCCCUGUGGUGACGAGAAACGUGCAGCAGCCGAGUCCUAAUCCCACCGAAGAAGGGAACAGAAGAUGCAACUGGAUCACCAAGAACAGUGAUAAAAUUUAUGUACAAUUCCAUGAUGAGUGCUGGGGAGUUCCAGCUUACGAUGACAAUCAACUGUUUGAGCUUCUUGCAAUGUCCGGUAUGCUGAUGGACUAUAAUUGGACUGAGAUUCUGAAAAGAAGGGAACUGUUCAGAGAAGCAUUUGCUGGAUUUGAUCCCAACACCGUGGCAAAAAUGGGGGAGAAAGAGAUCACGGAAAUAACUUCCAACAAAGCAAUAACGCUGACAGAGAGCAGAGUGAGGUGCAUUGUGGACAAUGCCAAAUGCAUAGUUCAGAUUGUGAGGGAAUUUGGAUCAUUCAGCAGCUUCAUGUGGGGAUAUGUGAAUUACAAGCCAGUGAUCAACAGAUACAGAUACCCAAGAAAUGUGCCCUUGAGAACUCCAAAAGCAGAGAUCAUCAGCAAGGACUUGCUGAAGCGCGGGUUCCGGUUUGUGGGGCCUGUGAUUGUGUACUCAUUCAUGCAGGCUGCAGGGAUGAGCAUUGAUCAUCUUGUUGAUUGUUUUAGGUUUAGUGAAUGUGUCAGCCUUGCAGAGAGGCCAUGGAGACAUGUCUAGAUUUUGAAUCCCAUAAUGUUGUGAAAGAAAAAAAAAAAAAAAAACUUCCAAGUAGAAAGAAACAGUGGUUCUUUCUGUUUAAUAUCAGUAAAUUCUGGAGCAAUUGUGUAAUAUAAAGGAUUGGAUUGUUAUGUUACAAUAAACACAGUAUUUCUCAGUUGUUCUGCAAAUUUUGAGGAUUGGGUUAUUGUGUGUAAGCUCCAAAGAGUCGG